GUACUGUAUAUAAAUACCAUCAUCUCUUGUUCAUUAAGGAGUUUGGAUAUCUGAAAACAUUAUUAAUUAAUAAUAAUAAUAAGAAGAAGAAAUAUCUCAGAUCCGAUCAUAUACAGAUCAGAUCUACAAUCAUGUCUUCAACAUUCUCCGGCGAUGAAACGGCACCGUUUUUUGGCUUCCUCGGUGCUGCUGCUGCCCUUGUUUUCUCCUGUAUGGGGGCGGCGUAUGGGACAGCAAAGAGUGGAGUUGGAGUGGCGUCGAUGGGAGUGAUGAGGCCGGAACUGGUGAUGAAGUCGAUUGUGCCAGUGGUUAUGGCUGGAGUGUUAGGUAUUUACGGUUUGAUUAUCGCGGUUAUUAUCAGUACAGGGAUUAAUCCUAAGGCAAAAUCGUAUUAUCUGUUUGAUGGAUAUGCUCAUCUGUCAUCUGGCCUUGCUUGUGGUCUUGCUGGUCUUUCUGCUGGUAUGGCUAUCGGAAUUGUUGGUGAUGCUGGUGUGAGGGCCAAUGCACAACAACCAAAGCUAUUUGUUGGGAUGAUCCUUAUUCUCAUUUUUGCUGAAGCACUCGCUCUCUACGGUCUUAUUGUUGGCAUCAUCCUUUCUUCACGAGCUGGUCAGUCCAGAGCAGACUAGAAGAACAGCCUUUUGUACACGAGGUGCUGCGUCUUGCUGCUAUUAAGUAAGCGUAUGAUUGUUAUCUUCUCUGUGGUUGUGUUGUUGUUGGUUAAGCUGCAGACAUGAUCAAUUCUUUGGUGGUGAUGAUACCUUGGCCUGGACAGUCUGCCUAUGGCUAUGCACCUAUAGUAGGUUUUAGACCCAAUUUCUAGCUCUCGGCUAUAAUAAAUUUGGUUUCUUUUAUGUCUAUUGUUUUUGCUAUGUGGAGAAUAUCGUUGGACAUGUUAUAUAGAUGGAUAAUUUUGCAGAUUUGCUUCA